AUGGGCAAGCAGCAGAAGAAACUGUACGAGAGGCCGCAACAGUUUAGGUCAGGUUUGUUGAAGUGCUUUGAGUGUGGUGGAGAUCACAUCCGAAGAAAUUGCCCAAAGCUGAGUGACGUCAAGAAGGAGGUGAGGACGUGUUUCACAUGUAAUAAGCCUGGGCAUAUCUCUCUUCAUUGCCCUCAGAAGAGGUCAUUUGGUGGAACGCCUCAGAAGUCAGCUAAUGAUGGAAAGCCGCAGGCUGCGGGCAGACAGUUUGCCAUGUCGGGAGAAGAAGCCGAGAAGUCAGGUAACCUGAUACUUGAUACUUGUUCUUUGUUUGGUAGAAAUGUGCAUGUCCUGUUUGAUUCGGGUGCGACGCACUCGUUUAUAUCAUUGUUGUGUGUUGAGAUUCUUGGACUCUCUAUGUUUGACUUGGGGUGCGAGCUUGUUGUCUCUACUCCAACAUCCGGACAAGUUUCAACCAGUUCAAUCUGUGUUGGGUGUCCGAUCGAGGUGGCAGGUCACAAGUCUAGAGUCAACUUGGUGUGCUUACCGCUUGAAGGUCUGGACGUGAUCUUGGGGAUGGAUUGGUUAGCUGAUAACCAUGUGAUGAUUGACUGUGGACGUCAGAGGGUAGUCUUCCAGGAGCCAGAAGGCAUUAAAAUGUCAACAUCAAAGGAAGUGGUACAAGAUCUCAAGAGUGGAGCUGUUUGCUUUAUGUUGAUAGUGAAAGAGCAAAAGAGGAGCAUAGACGAGCAGAUCAGUGGUAUACCAGUGGUCGAGGAAUAUGCUGAGUCGUGA